ACAGUGCCAAAUUUAACCACAGAGGGGAGGGCGGUGUUGUGGGAGAGCAGGUUCAGAGGGCUUCCAGUGGGCUAUGUGGCUGCGGCGGAAGACCCUUGGGCAGCAGCCUGGGCCCUGAUUUCUGCCCGUCUUGAUCUUUGAAAAUGGACAACUGAGUCAGAUGGGUUUUUUGUCAGUGCGGAACAAGGCGUCUUGCUUGAAGGAGUCAGCUUUUCCUGUCCAUUCAAGGGCAAUGCUUGAGGGCCCUUGGAUCAGACGCCGCACCGAGGCCUGUCUGCAGAACGUGACAGGUCCAUGGACCCUCCUGGACAUGAAAAGCUUCACUCUGGGAGAUCUUUCAGGUUGACAAGGUGGUUUUUACCAGUAAAUUGACCUGACGCAGCCAUGGGAGACUGGAACCUGCUUGGAAAGCUUCUGGAAAAAGCCCAGGAGCACUCCACUGUGGUCGGAAAAGUCUGGCUCACCGUCCUGUUCAUCUUCCGCAUCCUCGUCCUGAGCGCCGCCACCGAGAAGGUGUGGGGCGACGAGCAGUCGGGGUUCACCUGCGACACCAAGCAGCCCGGUUGCGAGAACGUUUGCUACGACAUCACCUUCCCCAUCUCCCACGUCCGCUUCUGGGUGCUGCAGAUCAUCUUCGUGUCGACGCCCACCCUCAUCUAUCUGGGCCACAUCCUCCACCUGGUGCGGAUGGAGGAGAAGCACAAGGAGAAAGACAGGGAGAAGCAACAACAUGCUGUAGACGCUCAUCACAAGAAAGCUCUCAUAAGGGACGAGAAAGGACGAGUGCGACUUCAGGGGGAGCUCUUGCGCACAUAUGUCUUUAAUGUUAUUUUUAAAACAUUGUUUGAGGUGGGUUUCAUUGUAGCCCAAUACCUCUUGUAUGGUUUUGAGCUGAAACCCAUGUAUACAUGUGACAGACCACCUUGCCCCAAUGUGGUUAACUGCUACAUAUCCCGCCCCACCGAGAAAACUAUCUUCAUCAUCUUCAUGCUCGGGGUGGCCAGUGUGUCGCUGUUCCUUAACCUAGUAGAGAUCUACCACCUGGGAUUCACCAAGUGCCGCCAGGGCAUCACCUUCAGGAGGGGUCAACAGAACCUGCAGAGCAUCUCCAAGGGGCCCAGCGAGGGUCCUGUGCCGCUUGUGCCGAGCUACGAUGACUACUUCCGAGGGCACCAACAAGUCCAGUCAGCUUUUCCGCCGGUACCCAGCUAUAACCUGUCCCCCCUGUCCGAGGGCACCGACUCGUCCUUCCACCCUUACCACAGCAAGGCGGCCUACAAGCAGAACAAGGACAAUUUGGCGGUGGAGAGGAGCAGCAGCAAGCCGGAAGAGUGUGACCUGAAGGGGAAAAAAGGAUCAGGGUCAGCCCCCGGAUCUCCUACGCAGACCAGGUCCGGCUAUAGCGGCAAGCACAGCAGCAGCCGGACUAGAAUAGAUGAUCUGAAGAUAUGAAGGGCUGUAUGUUUUUUGGAAGGGUCUUAAAACGGUUGUGAGGGGAAUCUUACAUUGUCAGGAAAGCUACUUGUACAUGCUGAGCUCACCCUCUCACACAAGACGGCUCAGGUUUGACUCAUUCCAACUUUGGCGGGGGGGUUACAUUUCAGAGUGUACUUGUACACCUAAACACACAUGGGUUACAUUUUUCACAUGAACUUUCCUGUUUUGUUGCCAUUUGAUUGAAUAUUUUGUGAAACGUUAUUGUUUUUUUAUAUUUUAGCCUAGAUCACAUUUGUUUGUGGGACACAAGUUAGGUUAAUAGGAUGUUAUCAGCAAAAAUUGAUUGGUGUUGGUGAUUACUGCAUUGGCUUGUGUAUGCGAUGACUCUAUCCGCAUUGAAUUACAUGGUUUGGUCAGGUUUAAAUUGUCUUUUUUUUUUUUUUCUUUCCUCGAAGCUUGGAAAGUUCUCAGACUCCAGGGCAGGAACGUGUUCUGCUCUGGCUUGACUUCAGUGAAUGAAACAAGAUAGGGUGAAGAGUUAAGUUUAGCUUCCUUUGCCUGUUUUGAGGUCACGAGCAAGUUCAUUUGCUCUGACUUGAAGUGAAGAAUUGUGCAAUACGUGACAACACAUUGGACACCCGAGUGGCUGUUUCUGAUCCCAGAAAAAGUUGGACCGGUGUCAGGAGUUCCAAGGGUUGUGCUGUCUCUUUUGUUUUUGUAUUUUUAUUUCGACAGUCAUGAAGAAGAUAAUUGUGAACACAUUUUUUGGGUUGAUCCUUGUUUGUAUGUGUAUUUGUGUUUGGUUCCUGUAAAGCACUUGGUGACGACCCGGUUUGUUUAACUGCUCGAAAUAAACCUGUCUUAAAUUUGCA